AUGGCUACCCCCAGUGUCCUUACCUUUGAUGCUGAGGGUCGUGCGGUUGACUUUGAGGUCUGGGUCGAUGACCUCCAGCUGUUCCUACUGCGCGAUAGGGCAGACGGACUCUCUCUGUUCGAUCUCACCUCUGGUGUCUCUCCUGCCCCGCUUGCUACUGCUGACAGCACUGUUCGCUCACAGUGGGCCACACGCGAUGCUGCUGCCCGCCUUGCUUUGCGUCGCCACUUACCGACCACUGAGCGUGCGCACUUUAGCCAGUACAAGAGUGCUAAGACCUUGGGUGUACCCCCUCCCCCCUCUUGUCCUCUGUUGCUUCUGCUGCUGCGGCCGGCCUCGUUGGUUUCGAGUCGGUCGGCGCUGCGUCUGCCCCUAGCGGGAGACGCAGCACCGGCAAAGGCAAGGGGGGCAAGGGCGCUGGAGGGGCUGGCGGGGGCGGUGGAGGUGGUGGUGGAGGCAGUGGAGGGAGUGGGGGGGGUGGGGGUGGUGGUGGGAGUGGUGGCGGGGGUGGAGGUGUCGGUGGCAGCAGUGGAGGCGGUGGAGGCGGCGGCGGUGGCGGAGGGAGCGGAGGCGGCGGAGGUGGCGGAGGCGGCGGAGGUGGCGGAGGCGGCGGAGGUGGCCGAGGCGGCGGCGGCAGCGGUGGAGCUGGUCGCGGCUCUGCGCCGAGGAGUGGCUCCGGUGGUGGUCCGCGCCAGCAGUAGCAGCGUAGUCGUGAGACCCUGUCCCCUCAGCAGCUUCGUGAGUGGUACGCUGCGCGUCAGCGCGUACCUGUGUGUUCCGCCUGACCCGGGCAUUGAGGCUGCUGCUCUAGGUGCUGGUGAGGCUGCUGCUCUAGGUGCUAGUGCGUCUGCUGCCCCAGGUGCUGGUGAGUCUGCUCUCUCAGGUACUACGUCGGCUUUGGCCUUACACACCUUCACCGUUGACUCGGGUGCUUCCCGCUCCUUCUUUCGAGACCGCACUACGCUUACGCCACUUAGUCGGCCGGUUGCAGUCUCCCUGGCGGACCCCUCUGGGGGUCCUGUCCUUGCUAGCUUCUCCACUGUCUUACCGUGCCCGGCAACCCCCUCUGGCACCCUGUACGGUCUCUACCUCCCCUCGUUCUCUACGAACUUGGUGAGUGGAGCUGAUUUACAGGAUGGGGGGUUUGACCAGUUCACUCCUGCGAGUCAACGGGUGACCCACUGUACGUGUGCUCGGACAGGCCGACACUUGGCCACGUUCACCCGUCGGCCGGGGUUGAGCUUGUACACACUUACUACUGAGUCCCCUUCGAGUGCUGAGCCUGGUCAAGUAGCUGCGUCGAGUCAGGUGUUUGCUGCAGCGUCCAGGUCUGGUCCCUGCUCGUGUCGUCUCCUGUCCCACCAGACUCUCCACUGGCACCACCGCCUUGGUCACCCCUCCCUGCCUCGUCUCCGAGGCAUGGCCUCGCGUGUCCUUGUCUCUGGUCUCCCCCGGUCCCUCCCUCCCCUUCCCCCGGGGCCUGCCCCUACCUGCGUUCCCUGCGUCGAGGGGCGGCAGCGCGCCGCUUAUACCAUAUAG